AUGACCCUCAACGCAAGCUACAGCAACAUGCGGUCCAGCCAAGACCGCGGCUUUUCAACCCGCAACGCGUCGUCGGCAAAUGAGGUGACGGCUCGGUGCAAGCACUGCUCUAAGGUGAUGCCCGCGGAGAGCAUGGAGGAGCACGAAGCAUUCUUCUGCCCACUGAAGCCCGUCUGGUGCCAACACAUUAAGGCGAACGGAGACGUCUGUGGCUUCGUCUGCAGCGGCGCCGACGCCCUGCGCGACCACUACAAGACCUGCAAGGACCACCCACGCAAGCGCCGCGCCGGCGCCACGCGGGAGGGCGGCAGCCCCCGCGGUGCACCGGACCGCGGCGUGGAGCUGUGCGAGGAUUGCCAGCGGGUCUUCUCCGACCGCGCCAGCCUGAUGGAGCACCAGCGCAUUUGUCCGUUGAAGAACGUGUCCUGCCCGCUGCACUGCGGGCUGUGGAUGCAGCGCAGUCAGGUUCCCGAUCACAUCCUCCACACCGCCAUCAAGCACAAGCCGCUGCAUCGGCCCAGUGCGACGAACUAUGGCGGCGAUAACAUCCACAUGGUGGUCGCCGUCCUCAUGGAGGCCUUGCAAAACGCCAAGAAGGCGCAACAGCAGCAGAAGCUCCUCUAUGAAGAGACGAUGAGCAACCUCGGGGCGAGCAGGUCCUUCAGUCACGCCUCGCUGCGGCGCAGCAUCGCCUCCGUCGAGGACGCGCCGGUGAUGGAGGUCGGCUCUCUGAAAUCGCAGAACAGCACCUCGCCGCGGGUCGCCGGCUCUGUCGAGUCAAACGGACUUCUCGCCGACAUCGCUGCCUCUGCCUCGUGCGGCUCCAGCGAGGAGAGGAUGCACAAGGCAGACGGGACAGCAGAGGGCCACGACGACGACAACGACGCCUCAAAGUCGCUCUCCGGUCCGCAACUUGCAGCGCUGCACAACCAAGGUGCCGCACCGCCUGUGAAUGCAAUGAAGGCGGCGACGUCAGCGGAGGCGGUGGGGAUGGCGCCACCACCGUUGUCGCAUUGUGCAAUGCGUCAUCGCAAGCUCAAGACACCCAGGGGCGCAAAGGGGCGGCGGAACACCUCCGCGGCGAAGAUGGCCCCAGGCCCCUCACCGGCAAAGACUUCUCUUCGCACUUCGCUGUCGGCCGCGGCCUGUCCGCCUUCCACCGUGCGAUACGAGGAUUUUGUGAUGAGGGCCCCUGUGCCCGCCGUGCGUGUCAAGUCACCGCUGUGCGUCGUGCGUCUGCGACCCAGCUGCGCUCGACCCCCCGCGAGCCCACUAGUGGCGCCACCGGCGAAUGAGGCCGAGCUGAGUCCCCAUCCGCAGUUAUCAGAGAGCCCCAUGGCUGUCAGCCCCCGCGUGAACGGCACCGACGCCGGUUCAUAA